AUGCGAAUUGAAAACAUGAUCCCCAUCAAUGAUACUAUGCCUGAAGAACAGCUUAUGGCAAUCAUGAUCUUGAAGGAGAGUUUUGAUGAGAAAGCCAGGCUGGAAGAAGUUAAGGCUCUGCGUGAUGAGAAUUUGCCAUGGUAUGCUGAUAUAGUUAACUUCAUGGUGUCCGGAGAAGUCCCUAGUAGCUUUGAUGCUUACAAGAGGAAGAAAUUAUUCAAGGAUGCUAGGCAUUACUAUUGGGAUGAGCCCUACCUGUACAAGAGAGGACCAAACAGCAUUUACAGAAGAUGCAUUGCUGAAGAGGAUGUGCAAGGAGUUCUGGAGCAUUGCCAUGGGUCAGCUUACGGAGGUCACUUUGCUACAUUCAAAACAGCAACUAAGGUUUUGCAAUCUGGUUUAUGGUGGCCUACUUUGUUUAAGGAUGCAACAGACUACAUUGCCAAGUGUGAUCCGUGCCAAAGGAAAGGAGGGAUCACCAAGAGGGACGAGAUGCCACUAAACACAAUUCUAGAGGUUGAGAUCUUUGAUGUAUGGGGAAUAGACUUCAUGGGACCUUUCAAACCUUCUUCAAACGGGCACAACUACAUUUUGGUUGUUGUAGACUAUGUAUCCAAAUGGAUUGAAGCCAUUCCCUGCCCAACCUGUGACACCAAGGUGGUUGUCAAGCUUUUCAGAACCAUCAUAUUUCCAAGGUUGGCCUUGUACUCAUGCUUGAUGAAUGGUGUGUGUGUCCAAUCAGCAAAGGCAGCUUGUUUCCUCUUUGAGUUCUCCUUGAAGUCAUGUGCUGUCUCAUUGGGAAGUCCAAAGAGUUGGCAUAGAGCUGAGAUGGAGAUGCGCCCAUUGGCAUCGCCUAUCUUGAAGAGUAGGAGUCCAUCACCAGCUGGUUGGUCUCCAUUGUGGUUGGGAAAGGCAAGAGCUACUGUGGAGAGGAACUCCUUGGUAGCAUUGAGUACUCGCUACACUCUAGCUUGA